AUGUACAACACAGAGCCAAAGCUGGAGAGAGGAGAGAUGCACCAGGGCCAAGCAGCUUUGGGCAGUGAGAAAAUGGCCAGCAGCCACGGGAAGCAAAACCGGCGCUCGCAGGCAGGAGGGAGAAGCCUUGAACUCUCAGGAGGUGCUAACCCACUGUGUCUCCUGCAAAGGUGGCGGGACACCCCCAGCCCUGAGCACCGGGAGGGAGCCAGAGGACCGAGACCCCGGCGAUGCCCCGGAUGCCGUCCCGCGCCCCGGCGCUGGCUGGCGGAGGGCAGGGCGUCGCGGAGGCUGGCGCUGGCGGUGGUGUUCGUGGCGCUGCUGCUGGACAACAUGCUGCUGACGGUCGUGGUACCGAUCAUCCCCACCUUCCUUUAUACAACAGAGUACAAAGGUGCUAACAGCUCUGCUGCCCCUCGCCAGCCUGAGUCGGCUCCUUCAGCCGAGGACGCUUCUCCUUUCUCCUCCGUGUUCUCCUAUUUUGACAACAGCACCGUGACCGUCUCGGGCUCCACCAGCACCACAGAGCCGCUGAAUGGGACCAUGAGCGGGCACACGCUGCAGCCCCCCACAAGCCCCCCACCACCACCGAGCGGCUGCCUGGAGGGCGAGGAGUUCCUCGCCAACGAAAACGUCCGCGUGGGGCUGCUCUUUGCCUCCAAGGCUCUCGUCCAGCUCAUGGUCAACCCCUUUGUGGGUCUCCUGACCAACAGGAUAGGAUACCACAUCCCCAUGUUCAUCGGCUUCAUCAUCAUGUUCCUCUCCACAGUCAUGUUUGCCUUCUCCGGCACCUACACCUUGCUGUUCGUUGCCCGAGCUCUCCAAGGCGUCGGUUCCUCGUUCUCAUCGGUCGCAGGCUUGGGCAUGCUGGCCAGCAUCUACACGGAUGACUUUGAGAGGGGCAACGCCAUGGGCAUCGCUCUUGGAGGCUUGGCCUUGGGUGUGCUGAUCGGGGCCCCCUUCGGAAGCGUGAUGUACGAAUUCAUGGGGAAAGCCUCUCCCUUCCUGGUCCUGGCAUUCUUAGCCCUGCUGGAUGGAGCUUUGCAGCUUUGCAUUCUGCAGCCCUCCAAGAUCUCCCCCGAGAGCACCCGGGGCACGCCGGUGUUCACCCUGCUGCGGGACCCCUACAUCCUGGUGGCUGCGGGAGCCCUCUGCUUCUCCAACAUGGUGGCCAUGCUCGAACCCACCUUGCCCAUCUGGAUGAUGCAAACCAUGUGCUCCCCGAAAUGGCAGCUCGGGAUGGCGUCUCCUGCCAGCAUAUCCUACCUCAUCGGCACCAACCUCUUUGGGGUCCUGGCUAACAAAAUGGGCCGGUGGCUGUGCUCCCUGAUCGGCAUGGCCGUGGUGGGAAUCAGUCUCUUUGUGCCUCUGGCCAAAAGCAUUUACGGGCUGAUCGGCCCAAACGGCGGGCUGGGCUUUGCCAUAGGAAUGGUGGACUCCUCCAUGAUGCCUAUCAUGGGCUACCUCGUGGACCUUCGCCACACCUCCAUCUACGGCAAUGUCUACGCCAUAGCCGAUGUCGCCUUCUGCAUGGGCUUUGCGAUUGGUCCAUCCACAGGCGGUGCGAUUGUGCGAGCUGUCGGGUUUCCCUGGCUGAUGGUCAUCAUCGGCGUUAUCAACAUUGCCUACGCCCCUCUCUGUUGGUACUUGCGCAGCCCUCCUGCUAGGGAGGAGAAGAUCGCCAUCUUAAGCCAGGAAUGCCCCAUGCAGACCAAAAGCUAUACCACUCAGAAGCCCCUGCGAGACUUCCCUCUCACAGAUGACAGUGACGUGGAGGCAGAAAAUGAGGAAUAGGAAGUGCAAGGAUGCGUGUCCUGUUUGAAGCUUAAGUUUACAGCCAUGGAUGUGAUUGCACCCAAGAAUAACUCCGACUCCCCAAGACUCGUGACACAGGAUGAACGUGGGCUGUGUUGUUCUCCUGUUCUCCAGGCCAUGCAACCCCCAUCAGGGACAAGGGACCCAGGAUUUGGCGGCUCUGUCUGUUUAGCUGUGCUGCCUUUGCUAUGUGACUUCCAGGCAAGUCACCCAAAUUACAUCUCAUCUGUAAAGAACUUAUGAAGAUGGAAUGAACUGUAUCAUCCUGUCCUGCAAAACGACGCUGUCCUGGGCACGGUCUGCCCACGUAGCGUAGGAAGAUAACACCUCUCCCAGAUGAGUCCAGUGGCAUUUGCUAAUGUCUUUGUAGCGCUUACUGCUCUUGAAAGAAAAGCACCAGGGAAAACUGAAAUGAAAUCAGCAGCAACAUUUAUUUCUCCAGAAUGCCACUGUAAUUCCCGUCGUGAAACCUUUCUGUAACAACAGGGCCCUCUUCACCUGUGUCACUGCCAGUCUGCCAAUAAAGAUAUCUUCGUACUGUUAAUGUGCUCCGUGCUCAUCUGAAGACAGCUAAAAAGAAGUUCAUUGUUGUCUCGGUAUAGCUUGAUGUGUUUUGCCAUUUAUGUGCUGUUAUGGCUUCUUGUGUGUUCCUUCUACCAUUCAUGAAAUUUAAGAUCUCUUUAAGAGAUUCAGGUAGAAAUAAGGCUGAAAGCAGUUUUAAAAUCAGACAAAGAUUCAACAAAGCUACUUCGCUCACUUGUAUGGGUGACAUGGGGCAACAGGCUGUUUGUGACCCAGACCCAUUGCAACGAGCAGUACAGUAGGUUGAUUUAAUUGCCAUUUUUCAAUUUCCUGGCCCUGAGUUUAGAAAGAGAACAGCUGUACUGUUUACAAUAACGAAGUAUAAUAAUCUUUAAAAGUACGGAAGUGAUGUAGAGAGAGUUAGGUAAUAAAAGUUGCCAAAUAAUUAUAUAACUGUCAAAGGAAUUCACAUGAUCUUUUUUUUUGCCAGGGAAACCACAAACUUGCACCUCCCUGGCUCCACAGUUGGCAGUUUAUGAACUCAUUUCUGCAUUGAACGAGCAGGUGUGUAUGGAAGGUGACUCCACUUGCCAGAAAGAACAGUUAACUCUGCUCUGGAGCCCCAGCAGCACAAUGCUCUUGCCAGGGGAAACGGGAUAAUAACAAUUAAUCAUCAUUUGACACCUCAUGACUCAUUCCCAAAGGUCACAGGGCUAUUGUCAGGGAACCGCACGUUCCCGGUGUGAAACCCUCGCCUUGCACGUACAGAAUGAAAUUGUAUUUCUUAGGCUGACUGGAAAUGACUAAGGCUAAGCCUGCGCUAAAUAAAAAACGGCUAUUUUUAUCUUCCACCUGCUUUCCUGCCUCGCCAAGAAUAAAAGGAAAGCGCUCGCCGGCAGCAGCGGCAGCCGCCAUUUUGUGUCACCCCGGCCCCCGUCGCCACGGCAACCCGCCGCCAUGACA